AUGCGUAUUUCAAUUUCGCUACUCCACAUUCCUUCUUUCCAUUCGCGGCCUUUUCGCCGAAAACAAGGGGUGACUGCUUGGAAAUUUGGAGCGCGAUUGGCUCUCAAAUUUUCGACCUGCGGAUUCCGCGAACGAACCGAGCAUGUAGCGGUGGGAGGUAGCGGAAGCGUUACCUUGAGGGUUUUACAGCCCGUGGAUUCAUCCGCAAGCAAUUCGCGAGUCCUUGUGUACCUCCCGCCCGGUCCGAUAUUUAAAUCGCCUCAGCAAAGGGCACCAUAUAUAUUUGAUGUUAAUGCUCAGGCUGAUGUAGAUUCAGCUCUGCGCCUUUGCAGCGCGCGUCCUUGCACCACAGUCAUUAUCAAUUAUCGCCUCGGCAGGGAUAUCUCCAGCAGAGACAAUUCGUCGUUCUUCAAAUUUCCCACGCCCAUACAUGACACUCUCGCCGGAUUUGACUGGAUAUUUAAGAACCUUUGUCCCUCCAAAGUAUGCGUUUUUGGAAAACAUAUUGGCGGGUCAUUGGCGUUGAUGUUAGCACUUACGGAGCCUCGUUCUAUAGCCGCGGUGGCAUCGCAGGACCCAAUUUGCGAUUGGGUUGGCCUAGAUGAUUACUGUAUCAUAGGAUCGGCCGAUAAGAAAGACUUUGAUACUGGCGACGCAAGGGAUGAUGGUGAGCAUAAAAAGCGUGGCCGAAAGAAAAAGCCUACAAGGCCCGUGCCGACUGAUCUGGUCCAUCUUCUCCAGGCAAGGAAUGAGCUUUUCUACAAACCACAGCACUUCCAUGACUCCUUCGCUUCGCCGGCGCUGUUCCUUAGAACUUCUGGAAAGUAUUGUCCUACUGAUUUCCCAGCACUGUUGGCUGGACCAGGCCACCCCACGCCAAUAAUCCAACCCGCAAAGGAGGUCAAUUUUUGGGUACUCACUGCCGCAAUGCUGGAAGAAGCGGAUACUGAAGGUGGCGACCCCGGAUUUUCUACACAUAAUGUUCGCCGAAGGAAGGUCCUUUCACGCUGGCCUCCUGUAGGCAUCGAUAGAGAGUCUCAUUGGCAAGGGGUAGGACAUUCAGGGGAGGCAUCCGACCCUAUGGUUUUGCCUCAUAUCAGAAUUUUCACCGAGUCCCACUCACUUUUAGCUGAAGAGAAUGUCGAAGAUCAGGAUGCCGAUCAUCGCACUACGACGGUCGACGCGUUGGCCUCUAGGCUGGCAGCUUCAACACUAGGUUCACGGAGUCCAUCACAUCCUUCCCCGAAUGACCGAGACCUUCCGCCGUCUGAGCCUAACGAUCGCCGAGCCACGACACGAGGCUCGCUUCCCAAAAUCGCCAAAAUCGAAGAAGACACUGUUCUAGGAGCACAAGCUAUUGAAAUGAUCCAUCUCCUGCGUAGUGCUUGUUUUUGGGGGCGUGAGCGAGGAUUGGCGGAGCAAAAAGUGCAAUUGACCCGCCUUCCAGCCGCUACUCCUCCGCCUAAUGUGGAAUUUAUGGACAAUACAACGGAAAAGACUUCCCUUGGCAUGACACAUGUAGGUGAUCAUGAUCUCCAUGUUCCCUUGAGGGAUUACAGUCUUGUAAAUGAAGGCUCAACAGAGCAGGCGCCUAAUACCUCCGUUGAAGAGCAGGCUGGGGAGUGGCUUCACAUGAUAUCUGACAAAGUAGAAGGUUGUUCAGAGUAG